AUAAUACAUCUGCUGUGUGAAGCAGAAGUAUAUCGCGAUCGCAGACGUGAGCAAGGAAUUGAUCUGACGGCGUUCUCAUCUAUUGGACGAAGAUGGCGCUCGAUCAACAGCGGAAUUGGACUAUCGCAAUGGCCGAGAACUUCGAGAAAGUCAUGUCGAUAAGCAACAAAGAAAAUUCCAAAUCACCGUCGAACAACGUAUCGCAAGUGACGGACAAGCCAGGUUCACCAAUCGUCGAGUGGAAGAACGAUCCAAUACAUCUGCCCGACGAAAUCAUAGCGGGCAUCAUUUCCUACAUCAACCCUAGACACGACCGAGCGACGCUCGUGUCCUGCUGCCUACUCUCCUGGCAAUGGUAUCAAGCUGCUGUUCCACUUCUUUACGAUCAUGUUUCUCUCCACGGUCAAGAUUUCGAGCCCUUUGUCAGAGCCAUCUGUCCGUCGAUCAAUUUGCACGUCCGGCCGAGCCCUUUGGCAUCCUUAGUUCAUGUCUUGGAUAUGUCAAAUUUGGUCCAUCAGGGGAGUCGAAGCACUACAGCAAGGAUACUUGGUCGCGUCAAGACUUCACUCAGAACUUUCGUGGCACCUCAAGCGUCCUUCCACAUAAGCUGUCUACCGGCACUUUCGAAAUGCAAGCAUCUUCAAGUUCUCGACUUAUCCCUCGUUUCAGAAUGUCCCCCACUGGCAGAUCUCUUCCGAACCGUCUCUCAUCUGCCUGUCCUGGAGGACUUUCGACUUCCGCGCUCAGCAGGUUUCGGACGACAUGACUUCAAUCUUUCAUCUAUCGCCUGGCCGCCGCGACUUCAAUCGCUGCAACUAUCCGGAGGAAUUGACAGCCAUUUCCUAGAAGGAGUUGUUGGUCUACCGGCAACCAUCACCGCUCUGUCAAUUGUACAUUGCCCCCAUGCAAGGACUGCUACAAUUCUCAAAUUCCUCCGCAACGCUGUGCAACCACUUCCUAAGCUACGCACCAUCACUCUCGCCAACCUCCCGCGGCUACACGAGGGCUCACUCGACAGUAUCCUGGGAAUUCUCCCACAGAUUGAAACCCUCAGUGUCAGUAUAGACUACAUCUCCGCCGACCUCUUCGACUUCCGCCUAUACGUCUACCACGAGAAAUCCGCCGAAGCCUGGCCCAUAGCGCCGCACCUAGCGGACGACGACAUCGACGACGACGCAUUCCCGAGCGGCAUCACAUCCGCCACAAGAACGACCCCUCAGCUCUCCAGCCAAGUCGACCGAGCCGGCAAGCCCCUCCCACAGCACGCCGCCCUCCAAACCCUCAUCCUCACCAAUUCUGGCAACCCAGGCGCAUCGGAUCGCCUCACACCGGUGGACAUCAUGCUCGCGAUGGACGAAGGCUGUUUCCCUGAUUUGGCGACGGUGCAUGUGGCGAAUAGUCUGAAUUGGCAGAGCGGCGUGGAAGAGAAUACGCCCUUGGCAAGAGAGGUGGCUAGUUUGGACGAGGCGCUGAGGAGUUCCGUUGGAUUGUCGGAACGGACGAACGGGAACGAGGAUGGUGAAAGUGCGGGAUGGAUCAGUCAGAGGGAAGAGGCCGUGGAUGGGGAUAAGCCGUCGACGAGAAAGGGAGCAAGGAAGGCGGGCGUGUUCUUUUUUCAUGGUUGAUGAAUUAUUCGGAAACUAUAGACUAGAUGCCGAUGAAAAUUUGUCAUGUUUCAUUUACGGCAAGGCCGCUCCUCUCGUUCAGUCGCGCAUUCGAAGAUGAUUGUUUUUGGAAUCAGAGUCGACAAUCUCUCCGCCACUAUGGAGAUUUCCCACCGUUAAGUCGAAACGAUUACCA